UUAUGUUCUCUUUACUACAGAAACUUGUCUUUCUUUUUCUUUUAAUUUUACCGGCAUCGCUAGUUCUGAUUGGAAAUGGUGAGUAAGCUAGUCUUCCGUGAUUUUUACCUUUUAUGUUGUAAGUAAAGUAUGUACGUUCUUUUAAAGCCCUCUUGUGUCCUGUGAUGUGUUAGGCAUUUGGAAUGAUUUUACCAACGCGGAUAAAAGACAGUUUGAAUGAGCUUUUGGAGGGUUAUCUUCGGUCUUGAAAGUGUUUUACUGUAAUUUCCGUUGUAUUUCUCCUCGAUUGCUACAUUCUCUCUGUUCGUGAGGAAUAGACCUGUUUUUUCCUUCGCGUUGGGCGAGUGAUUUCCCUUAUUUUGUCUGAGGACUUGUUGUCAAUUUAUUUAAGUCUGUGUAGAGCAGUAGUUGGGUUGUUUUGACGGUAUGGAGGGUUUGUUUCCUGAGUUAUGCUCAUGUGUUUUAUUUUGGCGUCUUUGUAUACGUGGCAUUCAACCACUGGGUCUGAAAUAGAUGUAUGUGUUAUGGCCCGGGAAGACGAAGUUGAAAACGAACAAGAGGUCGCACAACCAACCGAAGCAGACGCUACAGAGGCUACAGUAGAUGAGGAAUAUGUUGAAGAAGUUGUUGAAGAUGCGGAUGAUGGAAAGGUCAAACUAAGAUGUUAUCAUACUUCUGAAACUCUUGACUUGAAUUAACUUUUGAUAUUUGAUGCUAGACCACGAAAUUAACAGAGCAGAGCUUGAUGCCUUAAGAAAUAAAUGAAAUGUUAGAUGCAAUAAUUUUUGGCUUGCAUGUACUUUUUGAUAUCAUCAAAAGUCACCAUGUAAUGCAGGACAUUUUAAAAUUAACAUCUUGACAAGUGAAAUUCCAUUAGUUGUCACUGAUUUCUCUGGCCAAUCCUAUUUCUUAUUGAUGUAGUGUAACUUUUGUCUUUGUUUGGAUAAUGCAAUUUUAAUUUGCAUUACAUGUAUGUUUGUCAAACAGGUGGAUGCUGAAGAUGAGGAAGAAGAUGACAAGGAAGACAGUCCAGCUCCAGCAGACUCUGUAAGUUCUACAUGUAAUUUGUAAUUUGCAAGUAAAAUCAAUGAUAGAAACAUUCAGGUUUGACUUAAAACCAACAGAGUACUGUGCAGUAUUUAUUCUAAAACACUUGUAAACUAUAGUAGUGAGAGAAUUUUAUUUAUUUCUUAUUUCAUGUUUGUAAAGACUAUCUUGAAUGCAGCCAUACGUGGUUUAAAGUUUUUUGCUUUUCACAUGUGUACAGUAAUUUUGUGGUUGUACAGCUAUGCAUGUUAAUUUACUUAAUUUUUGGGCUUGAUAACAAAUGGUUGAAGAUGUCAUCAAUUCAUUAUGCAUCACAGGUUUUUCUAUUCCUGUAGAAAACUGAUGCAGAGUCUACUGAGGAAGAAGAGGAAAAGGAAGAAACUCUCAAGCCAUCUCCUGAUGCUGAUACAGUUAUUUUCUUCACCAAGCCUGGAAACCAAGGUAUUUUGAAUGUCGUCUUUGAAAUGUUGUCCAGAGGUGAAUUUGUCUUCAUGCAUAGUGCAGUGUGAUUGUUUCAGCUGGGAUGGAAUUUAGCAACCUCUCUUUCACUUUUUCAUUCUGACUUCCAUUCAGGUUGUCAAAUUACAUGCGACUUUCAAGGGCAACCCUUUUCAUAGUUAUUUCCAUUCAUUCAAUCACAGUUUGCACCUGACUGACAUUCUAAACCUCUUUUAUAAUUUUUCAUUGGUUCUCGUUUGUACGCAUUGCAGUAUUUCCAGCUGGGGAAGUAAUUAAGUGUCUCAUUGGCCUUGGUAAUAAUGGCAAGAAUGAUUUUAUUGUGGAACAUGCGGAAGCUUCUCUCAGGUAAUUAUUAUUUUUUUUUGUAGUCAGUUUAAAUGGUUUUUGUACUGUUCUUGGCAGAUAAAAAUAAAUUUCAAGAAAGUGUCCCUUUACCAAGAUAUGUUUAUGUUGAAAUGUGCUCCCCACCUUUUUUGUUACAUUGAAACAUUAACUAGUUUCUUGAUGCGUUAUUCGCAGGUAUCCUCAAGAUUACACCUAUUACAUCCAAAAUGUAAGUAUAGAUUAGCAUUAUUUAAUGUUUUUAAGUUUCUAUGGUACAAACUAAAUUCCCUUUUCAAAAGAAGCACCUAUCUUUAGAAUUUCUGGUGGAAGUUUAUAUGUUUAUUACCCUUGAAAAAGAAAUUUUAAAUUGAGGUUUGCUAAUUUUUUCAUUUAUUUUCAAAUUUCUGUAGUUCACUGGUUUCCAAUAUAACAUUGUUGUACAGCCAGGCAAUCAGGUGGGUGUUGCUGAAAGAACAAAAAUAAGAUUGACAUGUUCACAUGAAUACAUUUGUUUAGGCCGGUCAAAAGUUUCUUUGCUUUUAAAUUUGUUUUAGACAUGGACAUUUGCCUUAUUGAUCAUUGCAAAUCAAUACUUGUAGUUUAGGGGGGUUCUUUACCAUUCACAGUUAAUUUCAAAUAGAUAUUAGAAAGAAGUUGCUAAAAAUUGUGAUUUUUUAAUGUACACUAUGAAAGGGGUUGCCCUUGAAAGUCAUGGUCAACCAUGGUCAAUGGUCAAUUUGUCUUUUUUUUGUCAGGCAUCCUUUGAAUAUGCAUUUAAACCUCAUGAAUCAUUUGGUGGGCGUCCAUUUGGUUUAACUGUUAACUUGGUCUACAAGGACUCGGUGAGAUAUUAUUAUAUAUUAACAUCUGUUAAAGAGGAACUGAAGCCUAAAGUUACACCAUUUCUAAAUUGCAACUUUUAACAUAAUAUCAAUAUUUUUAAAAGUCUUUGGGCUUGACUUUGCCUUGAAAAAAUAGGCAAAAAUUAAAAUUUAAAAAAAAUCUUGCUUCUAAACUUGUUUAUAGCAGGUUUGUUGAAGUUAUAUUGCUUCUUAUGGGGAUUAAAUUUGAAAAUGAAACAAUAAAGUAUGUUUCUAAUAUAAAAUUUUGGCUUCUGGCUGGGUUUUGAUGGGCUGGGGAUGUUGUUAUAAAUUGAUCACUGAAGGUGUCCAUGUUGUUUACUUAUUCACUCUUUAAACUUCACAUAUAUGGUUUUACAUGGUCAUACAUGUUCUAUUUCUUUUCCCCAUUUAUCAUGUUUUAAAUAUGUUCAUAUCUGGAUGAUAUUUUCAAACCAAAUUAACUCGGUAGUCUAGGGUUGAGUGAUAUAUGGCAAAAUGAAAACAUGGUUGUAUGUAAUGCAGAGCCCAGUUUAGUGAGUCAUUAAAUCACACAGUGAGUUGUUUCUUUUGUUUAUGUAGAGAAAUGUGUUUGUUUAUAUAGUUUAAAUCAGUGAUUUAUUUAUGGUGUAUUGUGCAGCAUUUGUAUGUACCAAUGAUUAGGGUAGAGUCAUUGUAAAACACAGGGUGAGCUACCAAACACCUAAAUCCUCAAAAGAAAAUGGCUCAAAUGUCUUGAACUGCAUUGUUGUGUAUGGGACCUCAAGUCUGAAAUGCUUGGAACAACUGUGAAAUAAAAGCUAAGGAGGACACCCUCUCAAAAAUAUUCUCCUAUAACAGAGAAUUGUUAUGCAAACACUCGAGUGACUGAUUGACCAAAGUAUUACUUAUCAGGAGACUCAAUUCAUCAAAGGUUUUUACUGUGCUACAGGAAUAUCUGUAUUUUAUGUGUUUCAGCAUAGAUCUGCAUAUAGAUGGAAUAAACCUGCCUUUUUUUGUCAGUUUCUUGCUUCUGUAUGCUCUUUAACCCUUGACAACAGACACGUUUGUGGGCUGUAAACAUAGCUUUGCAAUAUCUCUUGCGAAGACAUUGAUCUUUCAUUUUUUUGUUUAUAAGUCGGUGAAAACUUCUGUUUCCUUUGUGUCUCCUUCUGAGUCAAUUGGUUCUUCGCCUGGAGAGUAAUUAGGCUCAAACUGGAAGGGUACAAACCACUGAUACUUAUGAAAUAAAGACCAUUAAAAUGUUAAGUUUGCAUUUACUGUGCACUGAUGUGUGGCCUUUGCAAAUGAGAGAAGUGUUUCAUUUCCUUACCACUGACGCCACAUUUGACCUCUGCUUCUUGCUUUGAGCCCAUGGUUUAAUGGCCGUAAAAGCAGAAAAAGAGAAAUUCAAGUAGAAUUUUCUAGGAAAUAACAAGAAGCAUAUGAAAACAAGCAUUGAGACUUAAUCUUAUUCCUCUAAAGCUAACUAGAAAUGAAUGCAAAAAAAAAAAGAAACAAUUUUAGACUUAAGUUUCCCUUUAUAUUGAACUCCUUGGCUAUUGUUGCAUUUAGAUCAAGUGAUAAGUUAAUUCUUUUGAUUAGGCACCUAAUCUGAUGGUCAAUUGUUAUUAUCCCAAUGACUUGCACAGGAAGGUAAACCAUUCAUGGAUGCGGUCUUCAAUGAAACUAUCACCAUAACAGAAAGCGAUGAAGGAAUUGAUGGUGAAACGUAAGAAGACAUCUUUGUUUCAUAUAGGACAUAGCCUUUCAAUUUAAAGUUCAGGGAAGAUGUUGGUGGCCUUUUCAUACUUGUUACUUUCCUUUCACAUUUUUUUAGUUUUGACUUGUGUUUUUAUUAUAAUUAUUAUUUCCUCAGCUUCUUCCUGUAUGUGUUCUUGGCAGCAAUAGCUCUGCUGUUAGUUUUAGCUGGUCACUAUGCUCUCACAUCAGUCAAGGUCAGUAAAGCUAAUCUUGAACUUUUAAAUCUAAUGACCCUACCUGUAUUGAAGUUUUGCAUGCCACUUAAUCACCCAUCUUAAUUAGAAGCUAAUGUUUGAGCUUGGAUUUAAGUUCAUGAGUUCAUGUCAAAUCUACAUGCACAAAAGUGAGUUGUUGUUGUUGGUGUUUUGUGUUUGUUUUUUUCUCUUGAAGGGAAAGAAACCAGCCUCCAAGCCUGUAAUUGAGAUGGGUACACAACAGAAUGCUGAUAUUGACUAUGACUGGCUCCCCAAAGAAACAACCACAGAGUUUGGUAAGUUACAAAACCGCUACACUAAAGGUUAUUUUUAUUUUUCUGUCAGUGGUGGCUUUAGUAUUUCUUAUCAAGCAAGUAUUAGUGAAAGUUAUACCCAAUCAACUAAGCUGCAAAAGGAUCAGAGAUUAAUCUAGGUCCAAUCACCAAAAUGUCUAGAAAGUUUUGUCAAAUUAGAGCAUCAUAGUUUUCCUGACUUCUGGUGCUUCUCCUUCUAUCAGGUGUUUAUGGUCAGAAGCAUAACAUAACAGCUACCUGUGAAAGUCAUUGUAAUGUUGAUUUUAUUGUUUAUGAGAAAAACAAAUUGAAAAUCAGUUAAAACUUAAAAAAACUAACACAUUGAAAUUUUCCAUUCUGUUUAUUUAGUUGGCAAAAAUUCUCCUCGCCGUUCACCAAGAAACAGACGUCAGAAGCGCAACACAGGCUCUGAUGAAUAGUCAUUAAGUUAUUAGAUAUAUCAAUUGUGAACUUACUGUGGCUGGCCUAUUUACUUUGGUGUGUUACACACUGUCUGAAUCUUUAACAAAAAAACUUUUCACUGAAGAAACAGUAGGUAAUGCAUCACUACCUUGCUUUUUUUCCCCAGUUUGACACUUAUUGUAGACCCUUAUCUUGUUAUGACGUAUAAUUAUGUUCUGUGGUUGAAGCUUUCGGUCAACUUUUGGUUAUCUUAUAAACAUUGUGCUGGUUCUUUUUUUGCUUGUCCAAUCAAAAUCAAGUAAUCUUGAAAAGCAAAUACGCUUGAUAUUUUUUGUCAGGCCUGAAGCCAUUUGCUUUCUUGAUUGGAUGAUUGGUUGAGAAACUUGGAAACUAGCUGAAAUUUCAUUCUGUGAUCGCAACUCGUCUAAAAGAUUUUGCAACCACUAACAGUGUAUUAUAAUGUAAUGAAUUUUUAAGAGUUCUAGGAAACAAAUUAAAAUCCUCUGACUUUCGCUCAAAUUGGCUGCAGAACGCAAAACCAUGUUCUUCAUGUACAAUUCAUGACUUCAUAGAAGAAGUGUUAUUGAUUAAAAAAUAUCUAAACAAGCCAGAAGUUGUUUUUUUUCCUUCUGCUCAAAGGUAGUUGUCAGGAAAUACAUUCAGCCAUAGUCGUUCUCCAUUAAGUGAAAUAUUGAUUGGUGCAUCCACC